CGGGGUUGGUGCGGCUCAGCUGGGCAGGAGCCUGCAGCGGUCGGGGGCCCCGAAGAAGCUCCGGCUGCGCCCCUUUCGCCCAUGCGAUCCCGGGGCGCCCUGCGCGGGGCGCUGCUGGUCCUCCUGCUUCCUGCGUGGGCCGUCGCUGGGACCAGCUCCAAGCAGAAGGUGGUCAGAAAAGAUGAAAACCUGGUGCAGCUCUCCGGUGGGAAGUUCCAAAUGGGGACAAGCUUAUUUGAUAGCAAAAGUGAGGACGGGCCCCCCAGGGAGGUGACAGUCAAGCCAUUUCUGAUGGACAAAUAUCCGGUCAGCAACAGAGAUUUCCGAGAGUUUGUGCAAGAUCGGAAGUACAAAACAGAAGCGGAGGAGUUUGGAUGGAGUUUCGUUUUUGAAGAUUUUGUACCUGAAGAUCUUAAGAAGAAAGUGACACAAAAACUGGAGACUGCACCAUGGUGGCUUCCAAUAGAGAAAGCAUUUUGGAGACAGCCCACAGGUCCUGGAUCCGGCAUCAAGGCCAAGCUGGACCACCCGGUGUUGCACGUGAGCUGGAACGAUGCCACAGCCUUUUGCGCGUGGAAAGGGAAGAGGCUUCCGACAGAAGAGGAGUGGGAAUUUGCCGCCAGGGGAGGGCUGGAAAACAGGCUGUAUCCUUGGGGAAACAAAUUCCUGGCAAACCGUGCAAACCUGUGGCAGGGCAAUUUCCCUGAGAUGGACACAGCUGAAGAUGGCUACCACGGGGUUUCCCCAGUGGCUGCAUUCCCUCCACAAAACAGCUACGGGAUCUAUGACCUGCUAGGAAACACCUGGGAAUGGACUGCUUCACCCUAUCGCCCUCAUGGAUCCGCAGCCCGCCAGCCAGCUCAGGAGAUGCGUGUCCUGCGGGGAGCUUCUUGGAUUGACACAGUGGAUGGGUCAGCGAAUCACAAAGCUCGGGUGACAACAAGGAUGGGGAAUACGCCAGACUCUGCCUCGGACAACCUGAGCUUCCGUUGUGCUGCCAGCCUGUCCCUGAAAAGUGUGAGCAAGAACACAGAACUCUGAAGGGAUCGUCUUGGACCUUUUCUCCCGUGGAGAAUGCUCUUUGUUGGGGAAGGAAUAUUGAUUCUCACAAGAGCAGUGAUUUUUAUGACUUUUAUCAAGAUCUGUGUUUUGAUGCUCCUAACUGGGACCAAAGACUAUUAUGCAAUAAAGACAACACUCCCAUUG